AUGCGCCUCGCUGGGGGACACACGACAUUGAUAUGGCAUGACGACCCACUUGUUAUUCCUCGCCAAGAUCUAAACACCCACCUCCUCUUUCUCCGCUUCCUCCUCUCCUUCCGUCUCCUUCCGCUCCCUUCCGCUCCCUCCGCCCCUUUCCCUUCCCCCCGCCUGCCCUCCCGCCCUUGUCCGUCGCGCAGACUCAUAUGGCAUUGGCGCUCGUCCUCCGCGGAGCCUCACAUACCAUUGGCGCGCUUCGUCCUCCUCGGAGUCUCACCCGGGACGGGCAGCCAAUGGGGAGCAACCCGACUCCAGCGUAAGCAGAAGGGGGGAGGGGGGAAUGGGGAAAAUGUGGGAGAACGGGGGGUGGCGGAAGGGACGGAGGCGGGAGAGGGGGGAGGGGAAUGUGUUAGAAUGGGGACGGGAAGCGGGGUGACAUUAGGGAAGGGGGAAAUCGAGCGGUUCCGCCCAGGUGGACUACGCGUGCAACGGGCUCAUGGAGGGCAGCGCCGUCGUCAUGGCGCCCUGAAGCCUCAUGUUCUGCCUUCCCCCCCCCUCUGUGCGUGCCUUCCCCCCCCCUCUGUGCGUGCCUUCCCCCCCCCUCUGUGUGUGCCUUCCCCCCCCCUCUGUGCGUGCCUUCCCCCCCCCUCUGUGUGUGCCUUGCCUCCCCCUCUGUGUGUGCCUUCCCCCCCCCUCUGUGUGUGCCUUCCCCCCCCCUCUGUGUGUGCCUUGCCUCCCCCUCUGUGUGUGCCUGCUCUUCCGCCCUCCUCCCAAUGGUUCCUCUCAGAUAGACUCUACUCGUGCAACGGCCUCAUGGCGGGGGAGGGGACGCCACCGUCAUGGCGCCCUGGAGCCUCACGUCCAGCCUUCCCCCCCCCCCCCUUCCAGUGGCUCCGCGCAGGUGGACUACUCGUGCAACGGCCUCAUGGCGGGGGACGUUACCGUCAUGGCGCCCGCGCCCACACAUUCAGCGACUCCCCCCACCCUUGCUCCCCAACCCCCCCCCUCCGCACUCCCCCCAGUGGUUCCGCGCAGGUAGACUACGCCUGCAACGGCCUCAUGGCGGGGGACGCCACCGUCAUGGCGCCCGCGCCCGCCCCCUCCCCCGACUCGCCUUCCCCCCCGCCUCCCCCCUCCACCACGCCCUCCCCCCCGCCCCCGUCGGGCGGAACCCCCCCCACCAAGGGCGUGCUGUGCCCCGCGUCCACGUUCGAUGGAUACGAGUAUCAGCUGGAGCUGGGCAGUGGCAACUACCUGCUCCACUGGAAGUUCGCCUCCAACACGGUCAUCAACUUCCUGCUCGAAGCCCGAUCCAACACCAUCAUCAAAGACGCGUGGAUGGCCGUCGGAUUCUCCAAAAAAGGCAAAAUGAAGGGCUCGGAUGCAGUCAUCGGGAACCUCCCGGGCGUGGGCGCGUUCUACAUGAGCGGUUACCGCCUGAAGGACAUCCAGCAGACGUCACUCCCCCUCGGGACCACGUCGGUGUCGACCACGAGUGAGGGCGGCACGUCCAUUGCGUUCAGCCGCACGGUGGGCACGGGGAACGUGCCGCUGAAGCUCAACACCACCAGCUACCUCAUCUGGGCGUUCGCCCAGACGGUCACCAAGAAGCUCUAUUUCCACGGCAUGAACCAGGGCGGGUAUGCACUGGACUGGGCGUGCUACCAGGCGCCCAAGGCCCUGUGGGGCGGCGGGCCCGACUACGACAGCGAUGACUCGGAUGUUGACAAGGACUACUCCGGCGGCCCCUGGCAGGGCGCCAGCCUCCCCACUGAUGCUGCUGCUGGUGGUGGCCUCACUGCCACUCUUGCUGAUCAGGGGCAAACCAGCAGUGCAGGUGCAGCUGGUGCUGCUAGUGCAGAUGCUGCUGCUGGUGCUGCCGAUGCUGCUGUUGCUGGUGCUGGGAAUCGGAAGUCGGGAGUGAGCUUCUAUGAUGGAGCGGCGGGGCAUUCGAAUGGCGAGUGGUGGCAGGAGAGGAGUCCUUGA